UGUGCGCAGCUGGAGAUCGCUGUCAGAAUCUGAUCUUUGUGCUAGAGAGCAACAAGAACUCCACUGCAAGCGAAGACCAGCAGCACAGGAGUCAGUGGUGUAGAUCAGAAUUCACUUUCAUCAUGGAUGACACACAAACACCCAGAUAUGAAGAUCUUUCUCCAGGAUGCAGUUCAGUUCAUCAGAAGAGAUCAGAACCAGAGGCCAGCCGUGUGUCUGUGAGGAGUGACGAGUCUAUAGGUCAUCCUGUAAAUUUUAAGAGUGCAUAUAUACAGACUGAUCUCAGUUCACUUCAUCAGAAGAGUUCAGAAUCAGAGGUCAGCUGUGUGUCUAUGAGGAAUGAAGGGUAUAUAGAUCAUCCAGUACAUUUUGAGAGUGGAGAAACAUGUACUGAUCUCAGUCAUGAAGUCUUCAACACAUUUAGAUCAAAUCUCAAGAAGAAGUUUCAGUGUCUUUAUGAGGGAACAGCGAUGCAGGGAAACCCAACACUCCUGAAUGAGAUCUACACAGAGCUCUACAUCACAGAGAGCGAGAGUGGAGAGAUCAGUAAUGAACACGAGGUGAGACAGAUUGAGACACAAUCCAGGAGAGCAGUGACAGAAGAUACACCGAUCAAAUGUAGAGACAUCUUUAGACCUUUACCUGGACAAGACAAACCCAUCAGAACUGUGCUGACAAAGGGAGUCGCUGGCAUUGGAAAAACAGUCUCUGUGCAGAAGUUCAUCCUGGACUGGGCUGAAGGGAAAGAGAAUCAGGACGUCCAGAUCAUAUUUCCUCUUCCUUUCAGAGAGCUCAACCUGAUGAAGGACAAAACACUCAGUCUUUCAGAUCUUCUUCACGUCUUUUUCCCUGAAACAAAAGAAAUGGAAAUAUCCAGUGAUGAAUAUAAAGUGUUGUUCAUCUUUGAUGGUCUGGAUGAGUGUCGUCUGUCUCUGGAUUUUCAGAGUGAUGUGAGGUUGUGUGAUGUAAGUGAAUCAGCAUCAGUGGACGUGCUGCUGACGAACCUCAUUGUGGGGAAUCUGCUUCCCUCUGCUCUCAUCUGGAUCACCUCCAGACCUGCAGCAGCUGAUCUCGUCCCCUCUGAGUGUGUCCAUCGAGUGACAGAGGUACGAGGCUUCAAUGAACCUCAGAAGGAGGAAUACUUCAGGAAGAGAGUCAGUGAUCAGAGUCUGGCCGAGAGGAUCAUCUCACACCUGAAGUCAUCAAGGAGUCUCUUCAUCAUGUGCCACAUCCCAGUGUUCUGCUGGAUCUCAGCCGCUGUUCUGGAGAAGAUGUUGAGUCGAGCAGAGCGUGGAGAGAUUCCCAAGACUCUUACUCAGAUGUACACACACUUCCUGAUCCUUCAGACCAACAUCAAACAUGAGAAGGACUAUGAGAAGAAGGUGACAGAUGAAGACAUGAUCCUCAAACUGGGGAAACUUGCAUACAAACAACUGGAAAAGGGCAACCUGAUCUUCUAUGAGGAAGACCUGAGAGAGUGUGGCAUUGAUGUGACAGAAGCAUCAGUGUACUCAGGAUUGUGCACUCAGAUCUUCAGAGAGGAGUCUGGCUUGUAUCAGGGGAAAGUCUUUUGCUUUGUUCAUCUGAGUGUUCAGGAACAUCUAGCGGCUCUAUAUGUGCACCUCUUUUUUAUAAAGAACAGCUCACAGUUUUGCUGUAGUGUAUUCUCUGACCUCUCACUGUUUUUCAUGCAUACUUUAUCUGACCUGCACAAGAGAGCUGUGGAUGUGGCUCUACAGAGUAAAAAUGGACAUCUGGACCUUUUCCUGCGGUUUCUUCUGGGUCUGUCAGGAAAGUCUCACCAGAUUCUCCUACAAGGAUUAAUGAAACAGACAAGAAGCAGCUCUGACAGCUAUGAGAAAACAGUUGAGUACAUCAAGAAGAAAAUCAGGACCAUUGACUCCACAGAGAAAUCCAUCAAUCUGUUCCACUGUCUAAAUGAACUGGGCGAUCAUUCACUAGUGGAGGAAAUACAACAAUAUGUGAAAUCUGGAAAGACAAAGGAAGCCAAACUCUCUUCAUCUCAGUGGUCAGCUGUAGCUUUUGUUUUGUUGACAUCAGAGGAGGAGCUUGGUGAGUUUGAGCUCAAGAAGUUUGUUGGAGGAAACAAUAAUGCUGAAAAUAUGCAAGUUCUUCAGAAGCUGCUGCCUGUGAUUAAAGAAUCCAAAUCAGCUCAGUUGAUGUAUUGUGGUCUCACAGAUGAAGGUUGUGCUGCUCUGGCUUCAGCUUUGAGAUCAAACCCCUCACACCUGAGAGAACUGAUUCUCUCUGAGAAUAGUCUAGGAAAUUCAGGAGUAACAUUGCUGUCUACUGCAUUACAGAAUCCUUACUGUAAACUGGAGAAACUGCAGUUGUAUAAUUGUGGCAUCACAGAUGAAGGUUGUGCUGCUCUGGCUUCAGCUCUGAAAUCAAACCCUGAACACCUGAGAGAACUGAUUCUCUCUGAGAAUAGUAUAAAAAAUUCAGGAGUCAAACUGCUGUCUACUGCAUUACAGAAUCCUUACUGUAAACUGGAGAAACUGCGGUUGAGUUACUGUGGCAUCACAGAUGAAGGUUGUGCUGCUCUGACUUCAGCUCUGAGAUCAAACCCUGAACACCUGAGAGAACUGAAUCUGUCUCGGAAUACACUAAAAGAUUCUGGUGUGAUGCAUCUUACUGCUGCACUGGAGGAUCAUCAUUGUAAACUGGAGAAACUUAUGUUGAUGUAUUGUGGUCUCACAGAUGAAGGUUGUGCUGCUCUGGCUUCAGCUCUGAGAUUGAACCACUCACACCUAAGACAUCUGGGUCUGUCUGAGAAUGAACUAGAAGAUUCUGGUGUGAUGCUUCUUACUGCUACUUUGGAGGAUCUUCACUGUAAACUGGAGAUACUAGGGUUGAGUGAUUGCGGUCUCACAGAUAAAGGUUGUGCUGCUCUGACUUCAGCUCUGAGAUCAAACCCUGAACACCUGAGAGUAUUGAAUCUGUCUAAGAAUAAACUAGGAGAUUUGGGAGUUGUGCUGCUCUCUGAUGUUCUACAGAAUCUUCACUGUAAACUGGAGAAACUGUGGUUGAGAGAUUGUGGUGUCACAUCUAAAGGUUGUGCAGCUCUGACAUCAGCUCUGAGAUCAAACCCUGAACACCUGAGAGAACUGGAUCUGAUUGGGAAUAAACUACAAAAAUCUGAAGUGAAGUUGCUCUCUGAUCUGAAGGAUGAUCCACAAUAUAAACUGGAGAAACUAAAAUAUUGACUCUCAGUAUUUAGACAUCAGUCCAGUUUCCUCAGGAUCCGCUGAUGGUGAAUAAAGAACCACUACAGAGACACAGUCACACAAUCAACAGAGACUGAAGACAGAGACACACAGUGGUCACACUUUUUGAAGUACUGUUGUCAUUAGAUUUCCACAAUUAUCUCUUUAUAGAGGACCUGAACUUGCUGUAUAAUUGAAGACUCAGUUUUGUAAAUGAUGGUCUGUGCAUGAAUGUUGAAAACCACUGUGUACUAUUUGGGAUGGUUUUGAAUUCGCUAGAUAUUGAUUAUAGUACAGAUUCAUAACACAUAAUUUGCACUACAAGGAAUAGUUUACCUAAAGAUGGAAAUUCUAUCAUAAUUUACUUAUUCCCUACUUGUUCCAAACUUUUUUGUUUCUUUGAUGGCAGAGUUUUCAUUUUUGUGUGAACAACAGACACUGGAAUGGAAUGACAAAAGUAAACACACUUUAAUUAACAAUCCAUAGACAUUGUAUAAAAAAUAUAUAAUGUGGACUAUAGACAGCUUUGCUUAUGGAAGAAAGAUUAAUUUAACAACAAUUUAUGUUUCACAUAAUUCCAGUGUACAUUUAGUGUAAAUUGACAUGUUUUACAUUACAGGGCAUUAAUAACCUGACUACUGAAGAGAAAUAUAUAUUUAAAAUGUUGCAUUUCUUAACCUGUAAUAUAUUAACCUAUUUUAGAUAUGACAAUCUAAAUGACUUAUUAAAAUUGCCAGAUUGCUGAAAAAGCAAUUUUUUUACAAAAAUAUCCACUACUGUAUGAACUUCACUCCACAUUACAUAACUGGACUAAUUAUCUUUAAUUCUAAUAAGAGUAUUUAUUUGGAAACUUUUAUUAGAAUGAAAAAAACUUUUUUUUAGAGGUUAGAAAUUAGAAGACACCACAUUUAACAGAAGACACAUUUUGGCUCAUUUGUUUACUUUCGUUUUCCUUUUGGAUCUUGGAAAGCAUUUCAGCUUCAGAUCACGAGGUGUUGAUGGACUGGAAGCCCAGCAAUCUUUAACGCUCUUUAAAGGCGAACCAUUUAAAUUUACAAAACUUUGAAAAUCAAAAAGCCCAAAGAGGUGGCAGUGGGGAGGUGGACUAACCACGGCGGGUCUCUCUGAAUCAGCACCAAAAGAUUCAUGAUGCUGUGCGGGAUCACGUGUUUUAAGUGUGGCAAGAGCUUUAUAGCACCUAGUCAUCUGAAGCUGCACCUCAGGAUUCAUAAUGAUGAAAAACCAUUCAGCUGCUUGCAGUGUGGAAGGAGUUUCACACAGAAAGGCCACUUAAACAAGCACAAGGCUACAUCAGCUCUCAGUCAUCUGCAUUGUCAUCCAAAUAUAUAAAAUUCUAAUUAUUCGAAUGUCGUUACUGUUU